AUGCCUCGCUUCGAUGACGCCGACUUUGGGGUCGAUCCCUCUCCCCGGGACCCCCAUCCGACCGAUGCGAUCGACGCUCGUUCGCCCAUGGACCAGCGUGGUAGCGGCCUGGCCAUCCCCUCGGAGAGUGGCAACACGAUUGAGAUCCCCGCGACUCGCAGCUCCAUCAGUGAUGCUGCUCAAUUCAUGCACAACCUGAGCCUGUCACCCUCGAUGAAGGACCGCCGUGGCUCCCGCAACUCCUUUGGUACUUCGCUACCCAUUCCGCGCUCACCGCGUCACUCGCGGCUGUCGACCGUUCAGAGACCCGGGGCUCCCUCGGUCUCGCGGGACAUCCUGGCCUCGCAGGUGCAGGACAUGUCCAAGGAGAAAGUGGCCGCUGCUAAGAACAUGGCAUUCGCUUUCGACAUUGACGGUGUGCUGGCUCACGGCAAUGAGCCCAUUGAGGAGGCCAAGGAGGCCCUCCGGAUGCUCAACGGCGAUAACGAGCUGGGUAUCAAAAUCCCUUACAUUCUGUUGACCAACGGUGGUGGCAAGACGGAAGUCGCCCGUUGUGCGCAACUCUCGGAGGUUCUGGAUGCACCCAUCUCCACGGACCAGUUCAUUCAGUCGCACACUCCCAUGCAGGCUCUGGCAGAGUACUACGAGACGGUGCUUGUGUGUGGUGGUGAGGGCUACAUGGUCCGCGACGUGGCCGAGAGCUACGGAUUCAAGAACGUCGUGCACCCCAAGGAUGUGCUGGCGUGGGACCCUACCAUCUCCCCGUGGCGCUCAUUCACGCCCGAGGAGCGCGCUGGGGCCAAGCCCCGCGACUUCUCCAAGAUGAAGUUCGACGCCAUCCUGGUAUUUGCCGACUCUCGCGACUACGCCACCGACAUGCAGCUCAUCAUGGAUCUUCUGCUUGCCGACGACGGCAAGCUCCUGACCCGCGCCUCGGACCCCGUCUCCAGGCGCAUUCCCGUCUACUUCUCUCAGGGUGACCUGGUCUUCCCCACAGACCACAAGGGCCCACCCCGUUUGACCCAGGGUGCCUUCCGCAUCGGCAUCGAAGCCCAGUACAAGGCCAUCACCGGUGUUGACCUCGAGCGUGUUGUCUACGGCAAGCCCGAGCGCGCCACCUACACCUACGCCGAUGAGGUGCUCAAGUCAUGGAUGGAGCAGAUCCACAACGAGAACCGCCUGCCCCAAAACAUCUACAUGGUCGGUGACAACCCUCAGUCCGAUAUCAUCGGUGGAAACAUGUACGGCUGGAACACCUGCCUAGUCCGUACUGGUGUCUUCCAGGGCAAGGAGGGCGAGAACGACCCCAACAACCCGGCCAACUUUGGUGUGUUCGACAACGUCCUCGAGGCCGUCAAGGCCGCCGUCCGCAAGGAACUCGGUCACGAGUUCAAGCUCAAGUGGAACCCCAAAGUCAACCCCGUCACCCACGGUGAGGGCGUGUCCGCCGUCGAGUAA